CAGCCUGACGAGGACUCCGUCUCCCAGGGUGCUUCGCGAGCAUUUCGGUGGCAGCUGCGACAAGCUACCAACUGUCCAGGACUGGGCGCCGGUGUCUCUGCCCGCCGCUGAGGCGCGAUGGACAGCCCUGAGGUGACCUUCACUCUGGCCUACCUGGUCUUCGCAGUGUGCUUCGUGUUCACGCCCAACGAGUUCUAUUCGGCCGGGCUCACGGUUCAGAACCUGUUGUCGGGCUGGCUGGGCAGUGAGGACGCCGCCUUCGUGCCCUACCACCUUCGUCGUACUUCCGCCACACUACUGUGCCACUCACUGCUGCCGUUGGGCUACUACAUGGGGAUGUGCUUUGCAGCUUCAGAAAAGCAGCUCUACUCCCCUAGUCAGGCCUCAGAGGCCUGGCAACUUUUCCUUCUCCUGGCUGUGACCCUUCCCCUUGUCUCCUGUACUCUGAUCUACUACUGGUCCUGGGAUAAGUGGACUCGACACCCACUGGCCCAAACCCUGGCCCUCUAUGCCCUUCCACAGUCGGGCUGGCAGGCAGUUGCCUCUUCCAUCAACACAGAGUUCCGGCGGAUUGACAAGUUUGCUACAGGGGCGCCUGGUGCCAGAGUGAUUGUGACAGACACAUGGGUAAUGAAGGUGACCACAUACCGUGUGCAUGUGGCUCAGCAACAGGAUGUUCACUUGACUGUGACAGAGUCUCGGCAGCAUGAUCUCUCACCAGACUCAAACCUACCUGUGCAGCUUCUCACCAUUCGUGUAGCAAGCACCAGCCCCGCUACACAGGCCUUUGAGAUUCAGCUGAACUCAGCGGAAUAUGGUGAACUGUGUGAGAAGCUCCAUGCCCCAAUCCGAAGUGCAGCCAACGUGGUCAUCCGCCAGAGCCUGGGUGACCUCUUCUUAGAAACAUUUGCCUCCCUGGUGGAGGUCAACCCAGCCUAUUCAGUGCCCAGCAACCAGGAGCUCGAGGCCUGUAUAGGCUGCAUGCAGACACGGGCCAGUGUGAAGCUGGUGAAGACCUGCCAGGAUCCAGCGGUGGGCGAGUGCCAACAGUGUUACUGCCGACCCAUGUGGUGUCUCACUUGCAUGGGGAAGUGGUUUGCCAGCCGCCAGGAUCCCCAGCACCCUGACACUUGGCUGGCCAGCCGUGUGCCCUGCCCCACUUGCCGUGCCCGCUUCUGCAUCCUGGAUGUGUGUUGUGUACGCUGAGCAUCAUAGCAUAUUCUGUGUCUCUACUAGCCAGUUACGGGGAGCGGCUAAAGCUCCUUGACCUCUGCAAAAGGUUCUAGUUAAAGCACACACUUAUCUAUAGCCACUCUCUGCCUUGAGUCUGUGGUCAGUUGAGGAAUUUGAUUUGGAAGAAAUUCUUAUGGAAAUGCCCUAUCCCUGGACCUUCCACAUCUUCCACAUAGAAUGCUCCAAAGCCCCAGGAUAUUGAUGUUUGGCCUAAGAGCCUUCGUAUGGCCAGUUUGCCUUAAUUCUAUUACAGAGCAUACUUGUCCCUCAGUUCCAAGCCAGACCUACAUCUGUCCAGGCCCUAUGGUGUUGGGUGGACACUGACAGUUGAGAGAGUCACCAGGGUGACACUAAUGUGAAGUCCUUUUCUAGGGUAUCCUGGUGGCUGCAGCCAGCCAAGGACCACUUCUGGGUAGGGAGCCAGGUGCCACAACCUAGGGCCAGGCCAGAGUGCUCUCCCAAGCUACUCAUGAGAGUUGCAUAUGUCCCACAGUGCUUUUGGUGUCUUGUCUUGCUUCUCUGGGAGGUAGGGGCAAGUCGACUUCUGGCCCUAGGGAACGGUUUUAGGGAGCCAAGGACCAGAGAGCCACAGCACUAUCUAGAAAGAAACCCAUCAAGGAUGCAAUACAGGGUUAGCCAUGGCCCUUGCGGGUUCCCUGGAUGAGGAGGACGGACAUACUUAUCUAUGGUGCAGAUGGGAGGCUGCCUGUUGAUCUUAUCUCUGACACAAGUGUAGCUGAUGGGGGGGGGGGGAGGACCUCUCCUUUAACUUGUGGCCCUGAAGCACCUACAUUUGGCUGUUGAAAGCAGUAGUGACCAAACUUACCCCUUACCCAGCCAUCACUGCACCUAACCCCAGGGAUUUGCUAGCAGAGUAUGCCCAGCUCUGCCUGUCCUUGAAGUAUGGUCAGGAGUCAGCCAGUUUCAAGGGCUGCCUGCCUAGCAGAGGCCAAAUAGUUUGAGGUUAUUUUUAUUAACCACAGAGGAGUUAAUUUUAUACAGAUAAGUGUAAAUGACAGUAUUUAAUAAAGUGUUACUUUCCAA